CUGCUCCAAGUUAGUUUCAGACAUGGAAAGGUUGAUCAGGCUAAACGAGAUGCUUCGAGAGGACUAUGAGUGGCUCCUUGAGGAAGAGGCAGAUGUGGUUGAGAGAUUGGGGAAAGCGGAAGGAGGACAGAGAAGGGGUGACGAGACAAGGAGACUGAAGGUUUCAAUAAGAGAGUUUCAUGACCGGGUAAAAGAGAAAACAGAAUUGCUCACUCGUGGAGUGGCAAGUCACAUUCCUAAAAUCCUAAAAGAAAUCCGGAGAUUGAGAAAGAGGGAGGAAAACAGGGAUGUGCAACUUGAAGUGGAAAAGAUGGGAAAGGAGGUGGAAAGCUUGAAGACCGAAGUAAGCAAGGUAAGGGAAGAACAGAAGGCGCUGAAGCAACAAAUUGAGUCAUUGAGCGUUGCCUUGAGCAACAAAGACAAAGAAGAGGAGAAAAAGAGAGUUGAACAAGAAAGGUUGGAGAAGGAAGUUGGCAAGUUGGAAGGGAAGAUCGGUGAGCAGGAAAAAGAAAUGGAGUCUGAGAAGGAAGGAAAGAAAGAGGAGGGGAAAAAAUUGGAGGAGAGGUGGAAGGAAAUGGUGAAGAGGGUGAAAAGUCUCAAAAUGGUCAGUCAGGGAGGAGGAGCAGAGGCGCCUACUAAGGUCAUCGAGUGGAAAGGAGAGCUAAGGUUUGAGAUCAAGAGUGUUAGAGGGCACUUCUAGCACCAAGGCAGAGUUCAAGUGAGGCUGAAAAAGAAAUGUUGAUGCAGGCAAAGGAAAGCGGCAAUCUGCCCAUUGUCAUCACUUCAACCCUUGUUAACGAGCGUAUUAGGCCAAUGACAUCUGGAAUUGUACCAAAAUCCUCUCAAAAUUAAUGUGGAUCAAGGAUUAGUAAAAAGAAACCUUAUCC